AUGAGCUCGCGUGGGGUGGCAUCCGCGCCCGCGUCCGCCCGCAAGACGGCGCCGAAUCUCUACAAACGACUCCAGGUGGAGGCGAGUGCGACGCCGGAGGAGAUCAAAGCGGCGUAUCGUCGUCGGGCGCUCGAGUGCCACCCGGAUGUGGUGGAGAGCCACCAGCGUGCCCAGGCGGAGGUUCAGUUCCGCGGUGUUUCCGAGGCCUACGAGGUGCUCUCCGAUCCCGAAAGACGCCGCGCGCACGACAAGAGCCUCGGGAUCGACCCCGAACCCCUGACGACGCCAACGAACGCGAGAGGGGCUUCCGCUGCGGAUGCCAAGCCGACCGCCUCCUCGUCGGCACAUUCGAACCGAGGCGCUCGAGCCGCCGCGUGGAAGAAGCCGUUUGUGCGCGCCGACGCGGAUCGCCUCUUCGCCGAGGCCUUUGACGGGAAGACGGUGGAGCAGCUUCUCUUCGAGGCGCGUCGUCGUCGUCGGCUUCGGGAAGGCUCACCGGGCGACGACGACGAUCGGGCACGGCCCUCCUCCGCCGCGGAGGAGGCUUUCCUCCACGCGAUCGAGCACGCCGCGGCGAGAAUAGAGCGGAGUUACGGGCCGUCCAUUCUCCGCCAUUUACACGUCCGAAGUUCGCUCCCGCGUGGGCCCGUGCGGCCUCCUGCCACCCGCAUGCCUUUCCGCCCUUUUCUCAACCAAAAGGUCCCGGAAGGGGUUACCACUCCCCCGACACCACGGGUGGAUCCGGUGGAUCUGAGCAUGCAUCCGGAGAUGGAGGUGAUCGUGCCGGAUCCGAAAGCCGAGCGAGAGCGGGAGCGGGAGGAGGCGCGGUUGCAUCCGAAACACUUAUACACCCCCAAACUGCCCGGUGGGGUGGAGCUCACCCGGAUGCAGGGGCUCGAUCGGGUGAAAAAGACAAUCAUGGGCGCCGCACACAAUAUGGGGGUGCUGUACUCUUACCACCGCCCCUAUUAG